AUGAUGAAGCUAUUAGAAGAGAUUUACCAAGCACAACUAACAACACUUAGUCAUCAGAAACUAAAUAUUGCAACAAUACCUGCAACUAAUAUUCAACCAAUUGUUUUCAAUGGGAUCAAUCUAGUGGACAAAGAAUCACCAAUUGAACCAACUGCUCUAUUGUGUUCUUCAAUACGAAAGCUAUACACACACGAUGAAAUAAAAAAUGGUAUAGAUUUUGAUGGACGUAUGCAGAGCAUAAAAGGUAUGAGUGGUAAAACACCAGUAUAUGUUUUGAAAUUAUAUACAGCGCAGGUUCAAAGUCUGGUACCACUUUUUUGUUUUGAGUCGUGUGUUAAAAGUACACAACAUUAA